GGAGGGUUAAGCGACGCAGCAGAGUUCGUCACAGCCGGGUAGAAACAGAAGGGCAUGAGCUCCUUUAGUCCGAGCUCCGUCGUUGGUUCUGUAAAGGCCUCGGCGUUUGUCCUCUUCUUCAUUACAAACCGAGCGGCGUCGACUUAGUUAAACAAUGGCGACCAAAGCAGCAGCGGCAUGGAGGAGCGUCAGUGGCGCCGCGCUGCGUCCUCACCGCAUAUCAGCAGCGAGCAGACGGCUCUGCAGUUCCGAGCCGGCGACCCGGCAGAACCCCCCCACGAAGGCAUCUACAUUAAGGCCAGAGCCCAGCCCUACGCAUGACUGGAUCGGUCCACCAAACCCUCUGUCAAACUUGCGGCCCAUUGUUUACCGCAUCAACGAGAAGGAGUCUGAUCUGGAAAAGCAGCUGAGAAAGUUGAGGCAGGAGACGGAGGACUGGAAUCACAGUUUCUGGGCAAAGCAGAACGUCAGCUUCAGCAAGGAAAAGGAAGCUUUCAUCAUCUCACAGCUGAAGGCAAAAGGCUUGACUCUCCGAGGGGAAGAUGGGAGACGUCGUACCCUCAGCAGUGAAGAGAUGGCUAUAUUUUACAAAAGCUUCUUGGACAGAAACCAAAUGCGACAUGCUGAUUACAACAAAGAAUGGUACAGACGGAACUUCACCAUCACUAUGCUCAUGGCCAAAGUCGCCCUUGACAGCUUGUGGAAGACCGUUACUGAGAAACAGCGGCAGAAGAAAAACAGCACUCCGACAAAUUAACAAUAAAUUCAAUAUUUAUACAUCUA